GCCGUCAUCAUCGGACGCGCUGGUCGGUCUUCGAGUUACCGCCGCAGCGCCGGCGCGUUCGCGGAUAUAUUUCUUUGCCCCUGAGGGAAUGAGGCUUCAAGCGCGCUCGCGUCUCCUUAACUUCGCCCCUACCAGGUGAAAGACGUCGUUCGUAUAAAUGCCUGCUCUGCGCCAUCGGAAUCUACGCAAGCACCAACAUCGGCGGCUGGCAACAAGGAGAAGAAACCUUCGCACGCGGUGCUCCUUGAAGAACGAACGCGGUCGCGACGAUCAAGGAAACGACCGAGACGUGUAGAAACCGUGAAUACUUACUCCGUGCGUGGCGUUUUGUUUUCAGCCAGGUGCGUCUGCGAAGAAGAAGACCUGUUGGUCGCGGAAUUUCGUUUUUCAGACAUGGAAGAGGGCGUCGCGUCUGGUUCGGCGGUGUGUGAUCGGCUGCCGGGCUACGUUGUCGGACGGCAAGGACGUGAAAGUUGUGGUGAAAGUUGCAGAGACGCAGUACGUCGUGGACUUAGUAGGAGCACCGGUAAUCUGUGGCUUAGGACAGCGGUGUUUGCCGUGGCAACUGUGGUGUUGGCGAGUCAAGGAACGUGUCUACAGCUGUCCAUCGACCCGAACGACGGUUCUGUGCGCAUCCUGCGGGACAGGAGGGCCUCCACACCGUCGUCUGACUCACUGCGAGAAUUCAGGGAUUGCGGAGGCAACCUGACGGCGCUCUCGCGGCCGGCGCGUCUCUACAACCCGGGCUACCCGAAGGCGUACGAGUCCAACCAGCUCUGCCGCUGGAUCAUCACCGCCGACGGAGACAUCACGCUGAAGUUCGUCAACGUCGAGAUUGAAGAUUCACCGGGAUGCGAGUACGACAACAUCGACGUGCUCAUCGGGCCGAGGCAGGUCCCCAUGGGCAAGAUGUGCGGCACCAUCACGAACCGCACCAUCGCCACCAACUCCACGACGGUCACGGUGGUCUUCAAGUCGGACGAGUCGUACGAGGAAAAGGGGUUCUUCCUGGAGUUCUCCGCGGACACUGGAGUCGCAGAGCUCUCGGAGAACACCUGCGGCGACACGUUUACAGCCGACGAGGGCAACGUGACGAGCCCCGGCUACCCCUUCGAGUACCCGGACAACAGCAGCUGCUGGUCGCUCAUCAACGUGGAGCCCGGACGAGUCAUCGUCAUGCGAUUCAAGGUCAUCGCGCUCGAGUUUGACGAGACGUGCGCCUUCGACUACGUCGAGAUCUUCGACGGCUCCACCGAAGACUCUCCGUCUUUCGGCCGCUUCUGCGGCGACUCCCAGAAGCGGAUCCUUCGCUCCACCAGCAGCAGGGUGCUGGUGCACUUCAAGUCUGACGACCUGCUCAGCAAUCGCGGCUUCCUGCUUCAGUACGAGAGCAACAGCGGAGGCAUCAAGGUCAGCCACGACGGAGGUUGCGCCGUGGCCUCGGACUCGGAGAACGGCACGGUGGCCACGCCCAACUACCCCAACCGGUACCCGUCCUCGACGCACUGCCUGCUCGACCUGGAGGCACCGCGAGAGGCCAAGGUGGCGCUGCGGUUCGUCGACUUCUCGCUGGAGCCGGACGCGAACUGCACCUUCGACUUCGUCGAGAUCUGGGACGGGUUCCAGGACGGUUGGCGAUCUCUUGGACGACUGUGCGGGGACAAGGGCGAAAUGAAGGAACUGGUCUCCUCGGAGAACCGCAUGCGACUCAAGUUCUACAGCGACAACUUCUCCGAAUUCCGAGGAUUCUUCGCGAAUUUCUACCUCGUCUCCGCGGCUGACAAACCGGAAGUGGAAGACGCCAAGACUGUGAUCAUGCGCAAGAACUCCCUGGUUCCUGCCCGCGAGUUGAUUGAGGAAAUCUCGCCCGACGAGACGGUGGCCGGCGACGACCAGAGGAUCCUCAAGUGCAUUCCAAAAGUUCCCGGAUCCAGCGUCAAGUGGGUGAAGAACGAGACCGUGUUGAACGGCACCAUGCCCCUGCCCCACCUUUACCUGGUGUCGCCGAGCACGCUGUGGAUUCGGCGCAUGCACUCGGACCUGGCCGGCAGCUACACGUGCCUGGUGAGCACCGAGGACCGGGAGGCCAUGGCGACGACCCUCGUCGUCAUGGCCGGAACGAAGCCGCGCAGCAAGUGUAACGUCUUCUUUCGCAAGAGUCCCAAGGACCAGGAGAUCCCGCACGGCGAGACGGCCAUCAUGCACUGCACGGCCCAGGCCCCGCAGCGGCCCUCGUCCGACGUCAAGAUCAGCUGGCUGCGCAACGGGCUGCCCUUCCCGACCAGCACCCGGUACCGGGACCUGGGCAACGGGCUGGUCUACAUCAGCGACGCCAUGCCCAAGGACUCCGCCGUCUACACCUGCGUGGCCACCGACCGGCGCAGCAACUGCACGGUGCAGGAGUCCGCUCUGCUCAGGGUGCUGCCCAGGGUGAACAUCGAAGAGAUCUGUGGAAUACCGUUCGUGGGACGUCCCAACAUGUCGAAGCCGCACGUCGAGCAUGGAAAAAUUGUCGGCGGAAUGGACUCCCUCAAGGGUGCCUACCCGUGGCAGGUUAUGUUCUGGACGGACUUGCGCAAGGCGUUCUGCGGCGGAAGCCUGGUGAACGACCAGUGGGUGCUCACGGCUUCGCACUGCUUCAAGAGGGACGAGAUUCGCACAGACGAAGUGGAAGUGAGGCUGGGCAAAUACGACCAGACCGUGAUUGAGCCGCAGCAGGUGGUCACCAAGAUUGCUGACGUACACUUCCACCCGAACUUCAACGUGAACACGUUCGACAACGACAUCGCAUUGGUCCAGCUCGCGGACCGGGUGACCUUCACGGACUACAUCCUGCCCGUGUGCCUGGGCGACAGCGCGACCAUCGAGCGUGACUACUUCAGCUCGGGAGACGUGCAGCUGGGCACCGUGACCGGCUGGGGACAGCUCACCGAAAGCGUCAACACGCUCCCUCGGUACCUGCAGGAGAUCAGGCUGCCCAUCAUCGACCACAAGACCUGCCAGGCGUCCACGCAGUACCCGGUGACAAGGAACAUGUUCUGCGCGGGCUACAAACAGGAGAUCGUGGGCGACGCGUGCAAGGGUGACAGUGGUGGUCCCUUCGUGAUACAGCGCAAGAACCGCUGGUACCUCAUCGGCAUCGUCAGCUGGGGCGUCGGAUGCGGCCGCAAGGACCACUACGGCUACUACGCCAAGGUCAGCAACUACCACAGCUGGAUCAAGGAGAAGAUCCUCUACUUAGUGAACAAAUCUUCACCUAGGGUCUCUCGAGUCUUGAGAGGGCGCAGAACACAUUCGCCCACCGGGUGCCGGCAUGGAUUUUUGUUUCGCGCGGUGACGUCGUGUAGAGGGAAACAAAGAAAGCAAGUGGCCAUGCUUCGUUUGAUCCGUGACGUCUCGAGCAUCGUUGUCCGACACAAGGACAGCGCCAAUGGCCAGCAUUUACAUGGAGCACGCGGAGGACUUUGUAGGAAUGCUGGGAAUAUGCGGCUUAGGAUAGCGAUCCUUGCAGCAACCGCCGUCAUGCUGGCGAGACAAGCUACAUGCCUGCAGUUCUCCAUAGACCCGGUGGACGGUUCCGUGCGUCUCCUGAGAGGCAGGAGACCGUACCUGACAGCAGCCGAACCUGGGUCAGUGCGCGAAUUCAGGGAUUGCGGAGGCAACCUGACGGCGUUUCCGUUUCCAGCGAGAAUCUACUCUCCGGGUUACCCAAGGACCUACGAGUCGAACCAGCAGUGCCGUUGGGUCAUCACCGCGGCCGAAGGGAACAUCACGCUGCGGUUCCUCAAUAUUCAGAUCGAGGAAUCGCCCGGAUGCGAUUUCGACAACGUCGAUGUCCUGAUCGGCCCGAGCCAGGACUCCGUGGGUAAGAUGUGCGGCGCCAUGUCGAACCACACCGUGGCCACCAACUCCUCAUCCGUCACGGUAGUCUUCAAGUCGGACGAGUCCUACGAGGAAAAGGGGUUCUCCAUGGAGUUCCACGCGGAAAUUGACCCCUCAGGUCUCGCCGAAGAAUGCGGCGACACACUGGCGGGCGAACGGGGCAACGUGACGAGCCCCGGCUACCCGCUCCAAUACCCGCACAAAAGCAGCUGCUGGACGCUCGUGAACGUCGAGCCCGGUCGCGUCGUCGUCAUGCGCUUCGAAGAUUUGGCUCUGGAGGUCGACAACUUGUGCACCUUCGAUUUCGUCGAGAUCUUCGACGGCCCUACUGAAGACUCUCCAUCUCUCGGCCGAUUCUGUGCGGAAUCCCAAAAGCGCACCCUCAGGUCUACAGGCAGCAGUGUCCUGGUCCACUUCAAGUCCGACGACUUGAUCAGCAGCCGGGGCUUUCUGCUCGAGUACGAAAGUGACAUCGGAGGCAUCAAGGUCAGCCACGAAGGAGGCUGCACCGUAACGUCAGGUUUCGAGAACGGCACCGUGGCCACGCCCGACUACCCCGACAGCUACCCUGCCUCGGCCCACUGCCUGCUCGACCUGGAGGCCCCGCGAGGGGCCAAGGUGGCGCUUCGGUUCGUCGACUUCUCGAUCGAGUCGGACGCCGACUGCAACUUCGACUUCGUCGAGGUUUGGGACGGGCACCAGGACGGUUGGCGAUCUCUGGGCCGACUCUGCGGGGACAAAGGCCAGAACGCCGAGCUGGUCACCUCGGAGAACCGCAUGCGACUCAAGUUCCGAACAGACGACUCACAUGAGUCUCGAGGCUUCAUGGCGAACUUCCAUGUGAUUUUCCCGCAAGACAGGCUGGAGGUGGAAGUGGGCAGUACUACUACCAUGCGCCCAAGGUCGCUGGUGCCAGCGCUCGAUCUGAUGCAGGAGAUCCCCAGCAACGUGAAGGUGGUCCAAGAUGACGAGGCAUUUCUCAACUGCAUACCGAAAGUGCCUGGAUCCAGCGUAACGUGGAUCAAGGACGGAGUUGUCCUGAACGGCACCACGGCCCCGCCCCUACUGCACUUGGUUCCGCCGAGCACUCUGUGGAUCCGGCAGAUGCACUCGGAGCUUGCCGGCAGCUACAGCUGCGUGGUCAUCACAAAGUACCUGGAGGCCGUGUCUACGAGCGUGGUCGACAUGGAGGGAACGAAGACGAGCGACGAGUGUGACAUUCGAUUCGUCAAGAGUCUCAAGGACCAGGAGGUUCCCCAGGGAGAGACGGUCGUCAUGAAGUGCGCCGCCAGCGUGCCGCAGCGGCCUUCGUCAGACGUCGAAAUAAGGUGGCUGCGCAACGGUAUGCCCUUCCCGACCGGCAACCGGUACCGGGAUCUGGGCUACGGGCUGGCUUACAUCAGCGAUGCCACGUCCGAGGACUCGGCCGUGUACACGUGCGUGGCCACCGACCGCCGUAAUAGCUGCGCCAUCCGGGAAUCCGCCCUGCUCAGUGUGCUACCCAGAAUCAACAUCGAAGAGAUUUGUGGCAGUCCUGUUAACAGCAGCCGCCCCAACACGACGAAGUCGCAAGCCAAGAUUGUCGGCGGGGUGGACACGGUGAAGGGUGCCCAUCCAUGGCAGGUGAUGUUCUGGUCCCCGUCUUUGGCCAAGGCGUUCUGCGGAGGCACUCUUCUGAACGACCAGUGGGUGCUGUCGGCGUCACACUGCUUCCAGCACGAGAUGGUCCACCUGGACGAAGUCGAAGUACGACUGGGCAAGUUCGACAGGCUCGAGGACGAGCCCCAGCAGGUCAUCACCAAGAUCGCCGACGUGUACUACCACCCGCAGUUCGACGCAAACACGUUCGACAACGACAUAGCGCUGCUGCAGCUCGCCGACCGGGUGAAGUUCACGGACUACAUCCUACCGGCGUGCCUGGGCGACAGCGCGGCCAUCGAGCGCGACCACUUCGACUCGGGCGCCGUGCGCAAGGGCAAGGUCACCGGAUGGGGACAGCUCGCCGAGAACGCGAACACGCUGCCCCGGUACCUGCAGGAGAUCGAGCUGCCCAUCGUGGACCCCGCGCUCUGCAGAAACGCGACGGUGCACAAGGUCACGGAGAACAUGUUCUGUGCUGGAUACGCACAGGAGAUUGUAGGCGAUGCCUGCCAAGGAGACAGUGGAGGACCCUUCGUGGUGCAGCACAAGAACCGCUGGUACAUCGUCGGUAUCGUCAGCUGGGGCGUCGGGUGUGGUCGCAGGGGCCAUUACGGUUACUACACCAAGGUCAACAACUACCACAACUGGAUCAAAGAGAAAAUAGUCUACUAGCAGUCUACUAAACUUGUUGUUCUGUGAUUAUUUUUUUUUUCACAGACACACCCA